ACCACAUCCGGGUAACUGUGGUUAACCUUGGUUGGCGGAUAAUCAUGGCGGCCAUCGUUCGGUUGAGUUCUGUGUGUCGCAGAGGAGUCAAACCUCUGUUCUACCAGACCACUCUGUUGGCCCGACCGCUGGUCGUUCCUCACAAGUACCAGGAGCAGCCUCACCAGCUCACUGCAAGGAUCCAUGCCUCACAGGCUCUCCACGCAGGCUCCGCCUCCAAGGCCGCCUCUCUGCACUGGACCGGGGAGCGAGCGCUGAGCGUCCUGCUGCUGGCCCUCGGACCCGUCGCCUAUUUUCACCCCGUUCCCAUCGUCGACUACUCGCUGGCUGCUACUCUGACUCUGCACGGACACUGGUGAGACUCACCUGAUAUGACUCAUAUGUAAUAUAAUGUUACUUUUAAUAUGUGGAAUCAACACCUGCCCUCCGUUUCUAAACCACAGCUUUCAGGUUACAUAGUUUCCCUUCUGGUUUCCUCUGGUUGAGGUUUGGCCACAGGACGGUCGGGCUAAUUCCUCUUCUAGUGGCCGGUUCUGAAGAGUGAAGCCAAGACUGAAGUGUCUUACAGCUGCAUUCUCUCUAGUGUCCACCA